UCGGGUGGAGUUGAGUAAUGCAAUCUGACACCGCGUAACCGUGCUGGUGUCUCCGUAACAACGUCCACAGACGCCCGAUCACUACACCACUACUUCAGUGUCUGGUUCUACGACACCUUGGUUGGUGUUAUACCGUACGUUACAAACAGUGGAUAUUCAAAAUGGAGCAUUAUACGAAACCAAAUUUUCCGUGCCGCAGUCAUGGACAAGAAGAGGGUGUUGUUCCGAAGGGACACCUCUAUGUCCAUGGUGUCCAAUGCUGAUGAAUAUAUCGAGCGUUUCAAUCAGAUGACCACACGCUUCAGGUUGAAAUCCCUGGUCACUGACGCCCUUACCUUGACCAGACAGAACAAAUCCGCUACUAUCGACAUGCAACGUCAGGACGAGGAAAACCGACGAAAGCGAAAGGCCCGGUUUAAACUCGCCUUCAGGAAGAUGCCGAGACUCUGUACACUAAUUGGUGAAAUUGCAACGCCGUAUCAACGUUUCCGGCGGUGUGCUAUUGCUGUGAUGCGACUCAUUCAAGUAUGCAGAGCCUGUAAGGACGUUUUGGCCGAAAAGGUAAAGAAGGAAUCCUGGUUCUCUCUCAUAGACAACCUCGUCGCAACCACGGAGAUUCAGCAGAAGAAGAGAGGUCCACGCCCAUUCGUCACAUUUGUGCCAAACGAAAAAAGAGAACUGGUGCAAUUAACCUUUGACAUUGGAGAAUAUAAACGGGAUCGAAGGGCUGAGAGCUACAUGACAGACGACGUUCGACAGAGCCUACAACAAACACCAGGGACAAGGUCACCAGACCAGAUCGCUGGGGUUAUACGAGCAAUGAAAGGGAUAUCGAAAGACUUCGACAAUUACCCCCUGUAUGUUCAGAAACAACUUGCACAAGCCGCCUUUUAUGACAAUUUCGCCUACAAUCGAGUUAUUAUAAAGAAAGGAUUGAUAGCUGACGGAUACUACUUCGUCUUGUCAGGAGUCUUGAUAGAGAAAGUGGAAGGUAGAAAACAGCCGAUCGAGAUCAAAACGGGACAGAAAUUUGGCGAGGACGACUUGAUAUGCGGGUGUAAGAGGCGACACACAGUGCUGACGAGGACGAAGACAGAAUUAUUCUACAUCCACAGAAUUGACUACAAGAAGAUUUUCGACAUGUCAGAGGAUUCUAGCAACCCCAAGAACCUCGAAAUAUGCAAGCAACACAUUGUGUUCCAACAUUUCCCCAUGGCUCGGCUUGCAGAGAACCCUGGGAUGUGGAGUGCUCUAAGAUACAAAUACGGGAGGUUAAUUGCACGAGACAGCAACGACCUCGAUUGGAUCUACGUCAUCAAAUCGGGAGAGGCAAGAGUGUUGAAGUAUCUCCAGCCUGACAACAUCGACCUGAAGGCCAGGAGGAGGAAGGUGGCAUCCGCCCUGGCAGCACAGUCACCAUUCCACAAGAAGAAGCAGAUACUCAACUUCAUAGAAGAUCGUGACUAUAUUAAGUCAUCGUACAGACCCUCCUCGUACCACCCAGGUCGCCGGGACGGGGCAAUGUCCGCACCCCCGACAGGGCGGCGUUCAGGUGGAGGUACCUACCGCGACUUUCUCAGUCUGCCAGCCACGCCCCCUUGCAGAGAAACAGACGAUAACACCCUAGUCAACAAUUACACGCAGCCUGUUGCCAGUGGACCAGAAAACAAAGAGAAACUACCUCAGAUCGUUGUUGGUGGAGGCAACGACAGUGACGAGGGUGACAGUAAAGAUCAAGAUCAAGAUCAUUUAGAAGAUGGGGUCGAGGUCAUUGACCUUAGGGACAAGGUCAGGCAAGAAAGAACAGCGAUGAGCAAUGGAACAACUAAAGGGCAAGAUUCCAGGAGACAGUCCAGAAUGUCCCUGGGCAUGGGACGUAAAUUAAGCACAUGCCGCUCACAAGCAAGUGGUCGGAGUUCUUCUAAGUCCGGCCCAAUAACGAUAGGAAAGACAACUCUGCCAGCCUUCGUCCAAGUGGAGACUCUGCAUCCAGGACAAGUGUUUGGUUUGCGGGCAUGUCUGGAUGCAGAGGAGAGAGGACCCGCAGUCAGUUUAGUAAGCGGGGAGUGUGAAAUUCUACAGCUUAAUAAAAAGUUCUUCAUGAAGCAUUGCGAUGAUGCGAUCUACGGAUUGAUCCGAUUGAAGGCAAAACCUUUCCCGUCCGAAGAGGAGCUCGUGGACCGGUUGGACGCUAACCUCCAAUGGGAGGAAUACAAACACCGGACCUUGGAGGAGUUCUUAAAGGAGUGCCGGAGGCUGGACAGAUAAACAAAGCUGGGUUGCUAUGGAAACGGUGUGGUAUGAGGUACAGCUGCCAAUAAAGGAGCACUGUGAUAUGUAUAUUCUUAUUCUUGAAUACAUCAAGUGAGCUGAUGAGCUGGAGCUACCAGGAAGUGAAGACUGUGAUGUAUUGUGAUUCGUGGAGUACAUCCACGGUGAUGAUGGUGAAACAAUGUACUGUGUGCAAUGCUUUCUUGCCAGGUUUAUUCUUAUGUUGUGAGGUUCCUUUAUGAAGCACAAGGGGCGUUUGACUUGUGUGGUAAUGAAUGUGUGUGGAGAUUAGAUCUCAAACAUAUCAUGACAAUAUAGCUGAGCUACAUCAACAAUGUAAAUAUAGUGUAUAUAUCUAUACGUGUCCCACGUAGCCUGAAUGGGCUGGCGUGGAGUUACUGGAUGUCUUAUCAACAUGACUGUGACAGUAGAGUUAUGCUUGAUAAAGAAAUGUAAUCGCUCCGUCCACUGCAGGAUUGAUGUGUCAUCCUGCAGUGCACUUCAUCGCUUGUUUCGUGAGACAACAAUUAAGUCAGUGAGUAUCGCUGUAUUUGGGUACCAACCAGCCGUACCACGGCGACGUAUCAACAAAACAUGUUACAUAUUGUAACCCUUAGUAGGAGUAGUGAGCGAGUUUAUAGAGUUUUUUAACGCAUCGGAGGGGUAACCAAGUAUUUAAAGCGUUCGCCCGUGUCCACAAAAAUCUCGGGUUCGAUACCCUACACACAUACCGUGCGUGAAGCCCAUUUCUGUGUACCCCACCGCGAUAUACCUGAAAUAUUGCUAAGCGGCGUAAAACCUCACUCGCUCACUCACUCACACUCACCAUCGCAACUUCUGGGAGCUAUACAUUGUGACCAUGUCAGGAUUUGAACUCUGGUCCAAGGGUUUCAAGAAGACUACAGAAGGUUAUACGGUAAAUGUGCAUAAAGCAUGCAUAUUUCAAACGA